GAUUUUGGGGUUUUUUGCUUUGGUUUCUACGUUUCUCUCUUCUUGCUUUUGUCAGUCGAUAUCCCUCACUCGUUUUCACUCUAUUUGAUUGAGAUGGAUGAUCAAGGAGAAAUGGAAUGUGGGUGAUAGAGAAGUAGUGUUUUAGAUUUAUCCAUUCGAGAACUCCUCUUGUCACAAUCGUGGAAUGUACGUGGAAGUUUCAGCUCUCUGUGACCUGUCUCCAUUGUGUUUGAUCAGUUUUUGAAUUGUCGCCUGAAAAGCAAUGGCUAAUUCUGGGGGACCCAAGGAUGGAGGGGACGUGAGAAUUCAUGAAAAUGUGGAUGAACUUGCUACUGAUCUGGCUGACUACAUAGCUGAAUUAUCUGAGAUAUCAGUGAAAGAGAGGGGGUUCUUUGCUAUUGCCUUAUCUGGGGGUUCUCUCAUCAGCUUGAUGGGGAAACUAUGUGAAGCUCCUUAUAACAAGACUUUAGACUGGGCACAAUGGUAUAUAUUUUGGGCUGAUGAGCGUGUAGUGGCAAAGAAUCAUGCAGAUAGUAAUUAUAAGCUGGCAAAGGAUGGGCUUUUGUCCAAGGUUCCAGUUAUCCCUGGUCAUGUAUACUCUAUCAACGAUUCUUUGUCAGCUGAGGAGGCUGCUAUUGACUAUGAGUUUGUCCUCAGGCAGCUAGUGAAGACCCGCACGGUUGGCGUUUCUGAGAUCAGUGACUGCCCCAAGUUUGAUGUCAUCCUUCUUGGGAUGGGUCCAGAUGGGCAUGUUGCCUCGCUCUUUCCAAACCACAUGGUACUUGAUGAGAAAGAUGAAUGGGUCACCUUCAUCACUGAUUCCCCCAGGCCCCCACCUGAGAGGAUCACCUUCACUUUGCCUGUGAUCAAUUCAGCCUCCAAUGUGGUAGUGGUGGUGACGGGUGCGAACAAGGCAGAGGCUGUACACUUAGCAAUUGAUGAUGUAGGGCCUGAAUGCCCCAUGCUGCCAGCCCGAAUGGUCUGCCCAACCAAUGGGAAGUUGGUGUGGUUUUUGGACACGGCUUCUGCCUCUAAACUAGAGGCUUCUCAUUGUACAAAAUAGGGGGCUUGAUGCUGAGUUUAUGUAUGUUGUAGAUGAACUUGCUGCUAUAGUUGCUACUACUGCUUUUUCUGUCUUAUUUUGCCUUCUGUUUAGAACAUACGCAGUUUUUUGGUUUUCUUUUCUUACAAGAGGUAAAAUAAAUAAAUAAAUGGGGCCCAAGGCUAAACGCUCUCUCUGGCUAAAAA